GUUGGUCGGCCCCGAUGGUGUGUGCCAUCAGAUCCCACCGGGCUCAUUUUGCACUAUAAACAUCCUUUUCACCCCUGAGGGGAGCAAGUCUCUUUUCCUGCAGGAUCAUUUCCACCAGCUUGUCUGCAGCAGUGAAAGGGAAAAGGUCUCUGUGCCAAUCCGAGCCAUUGGUGCCCGCCCAGUCUUGGACUUCCCUGCCCAGCUGGACUUCUCGUCGUGUCCAGUCAACCACAGCACCCAGAAGACUCUGCUGGUUCACAACAUCGGGAACCUGGAAGCCUGUUACAGCCUCAGCACUGAGAGCCCUUUCACUGCCAGCCCAGCCACGGGAACCCUCGAUGUUGGUGAAGCCAAGCAAGUGACAGUGGAAUAUCACCCGCUGCAGACCGGGCACCAUUGCACAUCCCUGGCAGUGCACUGCGACAGAGGUGAAGAUACCCACACCAGACUUCUUGGAAAAGCUAAGGACUUCAACAUCGGGCUGGACAAGUACUCUCUGGAACUUGUCAAGCCACAGAACCACGGCCAUCCACAACAGAAGUAACAUCACAGCCCGAUUCCAGUGGAAGGCUUUUGCUACUGAGGCAGAGGAGUAUCCACAGAAGAUCAGGCUGUGUCACAAUCUGUCUCGGCCACCCCAGGAGAUAGCAAAGGCUCUUGUGAUGAAGCGCUAUGAGGAGCUGGACCUUUACGACCGCGAGUUGGAGAAGGAGACAGCAAAGAUUGAAGCAGACCCCAUGCUCUUCUCAGAUGAUGUUUUCACCAUUGAGCCCUUGGAGGGAGAGGUUGGGCCACAUUGUUCAGCUGAAAUCAAGGUGUUCUUUAAACCCCGAGAAGCCCAAGUCUACAGAAAAGUGGCCUACUGUUCCAUCUCAGGCCGUGAGACCAGGCUGCCCCUGCACCUCACAGGGGAAGGCCUCGAGCCCUGCCUCCAACUCAGCUCUGAGGAACUGGACAUGGGGAAAGUUUUGGUUGGAGAAGCCUACAGCUACGAGGCAAUGCUGGUUAACAAAGGAGCUAUUGAUGCUCCCUUUGAGCUCAUCCCUCCAACCACAGCCCGUGGCUCCUGCUUCACCUUUCGGCCCCAGCAGGGCAUCAUUCCACCCAGUGGGCUCCAGCCUAUCCAGAUCUCCUUCAGUUCCACCACCCUGGGGGAGUUCAAGGAAGAAUUCCAUUUCAAUGUGGCUGAAUGCCCUAAGCCUGUGACCUUGACUAUCAGGGGCCACGUCACCGGACUGAGCCUGCAUUUCAGCACAGGUGGCCUUGACUUCAAUGACGUCUCCUUUGGCUUUCCUCAGACCUUGUCGUGCCACCUGAUCAGCACCUCCGUGGUGCCCAUCACCUUCCACCUUCGCAUCCCUGGGGACGGCCAGGGACAGCCCAGCCUUAGGAGCUCUGAUCAAGUGAAAGACAACGCUCACCCCUCCUGGGAAAAAGGCACACUGGCUCCAUGUCAGGAGAAGCCAGUGGAGUUCACCAUAACACCCAGCACAGGGACCAUCCCUUCCCAGGGAUCCCAGGAGAUCAGGGUCACGCUGUGUUCCAAUGACGUGGGACAGUACGACUGUGAUAUGGUGCUGGACGUGGAUGGUUUUGGCAAGGAGGUGUUGGCUCUGUGCCUCAAAGCCAGAUGUGUCGUUCCUGAGCUGCGUUUGCUCUUCUCCACCCUCGACUGUGGACCGUGCUCUGCAAAGGUCCCUUGCCAGAAGACGCUGAUCCUUGUGAACCCGAGCCCCCUUCCAGGAUGCUACAGAGUUCUCCCUCAGAGACACCAAGAGGCCGCUGCUCUGUGGUACUCCAGCCCCAAGCCGUGUGGGAUUAUCCAGGGUCACAAUGUGGUGGAGAUCCCCAUUACAGUUGAAGUCCAGGCAGUGGGUGCUCCUUCCAUCCCGGUGGAUAUCGCCGUGUUCGGGAAGGAGACAUCCCCACUGCAAAUGCGUUUCAUGUGCACUGGAAAGACGCCGCUUGUCUACGCAAGUGUGAAUAAGAUAAACUUGGGCGAGAUCCAAGCGAUACAGGAGACUUCCCAAACUCUCCAGCUGUGCAAUCAGGAUCUCAUCCCUGCAGCCUUCAGAGCAGAGAUCGAUGGCAAAUGCUGGAGUAUUGAACCCAGGGAAGGAGUGGUCCCUGCCAAGGCUGAGGUUCCUGUGGUUGUCACGGCAAACCUGGGUGACACAGGGAGAUUUGAAGACAGCAUGAAGCUGUUCAUUGAGAACAGCCUUACCAGUGUCAUCCCCAUCCAGGCUGUGGGCACUGGCACCACAAUUGCCAUUGACAAACCGUUUGCGCCGGAGCUGAAUUUGGAACCCCAGUUCAACCUCGUUCCCUGCGUUUUCCGGUUCAACGUGACAAACAAGGGGCGUCAGUUCCAGCGGCUGUACUGGGGCACAGAAGGUUUCAGCCCCUUUCGACAGCGUCAUCCUCUCCCUGCCCUCUGUGUCACCAAGGGCAAAAACGCUUCCCAGAGACACACCACCCCCGUAUUUAAGCUGCGGCCACGGAGUAUGAAUCUGCAGCCAGGCCAGACUAUGGAGCUGGUGCUGGAAGGCUUCUCCAGCACUGUCCAGGACGUGGAGGAGAAGCUUGUGUGUGAGACAGUCGUGAAGCCAGAGAUAACAAAGAAAGAGAUAAUCAAGACAAAGGUCACCUGCAAGUUCAUUUCUCCCGCUGUGCAAAUAUCAUCCAAGGCAAUCACUUUCCGUGUGGAGAAGCACCCCGAUGAUGUCCUGACUCUUCAGUACAAGCCUCUAUCUUUAAAAAACACCUGCUGCCUGCCAUUCCACCUUUUGCUGGACUUGGAGCAGCCGUUCCUAAUCUGUGAUGCAGACCAUCAGCCCCUCCCUGCAGGGGCCCAGCCUGUGAAGAUGGAGGCAGGGCAGGAACUUCAUCUCUCCAUCGGCUUUAACCCAGCCUAUGAAAAGGAUCCGAUCAGCUGGGUAGCAGAGAAGACUAUGAAGAUCCAGCUGGUGGAACAUCCUCAUGAGGAAGAGAUCACCGUUCGGGGAGAGGUCUACUUCCCGAAUCUCCGUAUCCCGACCAAAGCGCUGGACUUCGGUUGCAUCGCGAAUGGCGCAAAACAAGUGCGUUCCCUGGAGAUGACCAACUGCAGCCCAAUUCCUGCCCACUACCACUGGUCAUUCCGGGUGAACAGCAAGGAGUACCUGACAGGGUUCAUACCUUCCCCACCUAGAUUCAGACCCCAACCACAAAUGGCCAGGUUCGGCUGUGUUGAGUGUGGGCGUUAUUCAAGGAGGUACUUCAGGCCUGGAAGUGUGCGGGAGCCAGCCAAAGCCCCGGAAGCAGCACAGGACUCUUCCCAACAAUCAUCACAUUCAGCAAACUGCCUGGAAACAGAACAGAAUUCUUCCCAAGAGUCAUCAGAUUCAGAGAACUCCCUGGAAACAGAAUGGGAUUCUUCUGAAGAGUCAUCGGAUUCAGAGGGCUCCCUGGAAACAGAGGACGAUUCUCCUGAACAGUCACCACAUCCAGAGAACUCUCUGGAAACAAAGCAGGACUCUUCCCAAAAGUCAUCACAUUCAGAGGCCUCCCCGGAAGCAAAGGUGCCACCAUCCACUGCUGCAGGGCCUCGGAGCUCAGUGGAGACGAAGGGGUCUGGGCAGUCGGUGGAGGCAGAGGCCCCUGGCUUCAGAGCGGAGGAGGCAGUAAAAACCGGUUUUAAAGGCAAGUUCUGCAGCAGAGAGAAUGUCUUGCUGCCAGGAGACAUCCCAGUUUACUUUAAUGUCUGGUAUUAA